UUUGUUGUAAAUAAUGUCGAUAGGCUAUGAUGAAUAAAGUAGGCCCUAUAUCUAAUAGAGAUGAUAGUCUUGCGUUCGAGUCCUUGUGGAGACGAGGCAUUUCACUUGAGAUUUUAAAUUUUGAUAUCGUCUGUUGAUAAAAGUAAAAAUAGUAGCAAAAGUAGCAUCACCUAGAUCUCCCUUAAGCUGGCUGAUGUAGCCUACUCUUUAUGUCCUGUUCCUUUAUCUCCUGUUUCUGGCUUCUGAAAUCCUUUACGUUGCAUCCAGUGUGAACUCCGUCAAUUUUUGUCUUUAUCUUUCCUCCCUUUACUCUAUAUGCUACAAGGGACUACAAGAUCCACAUGAAAGGUAAUCAUGGACAAGUCACUCCAAAAACGAAGGCAGACGAAACCGUUUCAGGUUCUUCACGAUGACGUGGGCAAAGAAAUUAAACAUCCUUCUAAAAAAGAGGAUCAGACAAAAACGUCCGAACACAAAGACGUCCCCAAAGGAACCAAGACAAGCGUGAGACCUGCGUCACGAGACAGCACAAAGGUCAUUUCCGGCAGUACCUCACAUGAAGUCAACAUGGCAGACCAAACAAGAGCUCGACAAAUUUCACACACGGAUGUGAAAAAAUCGUUGAGAAAGGAAAAAGAGCACGCCAAGACACAUCUCAUCCAACCAGAGAAGCCCGCGAGGUCACGUGCUCAUGAAAGCACGCCAGGGACAACGACCGUCACCAGCCAUGCUGUAAAAGAGCCGCUAAAGAUGGACGCGCAAAAAGCAAAGAGACAAGGCAUCGCAGAAGAGAAUGUCGAAGACAAGGCUCAUGAAAACAGGGCGUUUGAAGCAGAUGAGAUUCUCAUUCAGGUCAGCUGUGCGAGAACGGUUGAGGCAUCGCCUGCUCAAACCCAAACAUCCAAAUAUUCAACUAAAGAUGAACUGAAAGUGGGGACUAGUAAUGGGCAUAGACAGGGCGCCGUGAGCCCCAAUAAACCCAAAUACUCGCAGGGGGAUGUCACUUCGGGCCUCGCCUCUGAAAUUAAUGAAAUUGCGCGCUUUAAAGACAUCAACUACGGCUCCUGCACAUUCGCUGAACACCCUCAGCGAAGCGCAGAUCCCGCCAGCAACGUGGACCUAUUUCAUCACGAUGACGUCAUCAGCAGUAAUUUUCGAUGCGUCUCGGAUAGUUCUUCUGUAAUCGAAAAUCAAGAAAAUCUUGGCUACGGUGACAUGUAUGUAUCCAAGCAACAGGCUUGCCAUGUUACUGAUAACGACAUUACGUUUCACCCAGCUCCGUUAUCACCUCAGCACACGGAGAUAUGCCAAACAGAGGGAUCAUCUCAACCUGUCAAAAUACGAAAGCUUCCAUCGCUGUUUAGCAGCAAGAAGCCGGAAGUAAACGCGGGCACCACGAGAGGGCGUAGCAAUUCUCUUGUUCCGUAUUUGGACCCGAACAGUGACCUACGUCUGGCUCUGCAGUCCUCUCGUCCAGUCGGAAGAUCUCAGUCUAUGAGGCUUCCCUCCACCUCCAAGUCGGAGAAGCCUAAAAAACUGCUCCGGGAGUUGACCUUCUCUGACGAUGACACAACGUCGUUGAGAAAUUACGGAACUCUCCGUGGCAAAAAUUCACUUCCAAAGAGACAAAGCUCCGCCUUAAUGAAAAGGGUAUCAACCAUUCAAGAAGAAGACUCGGACAGACCUAAAAUUUCGCCAGAAGUCAAAGCACAGCUUUUAAAUUUGAUGCAAGAACUCUUGGUGCGAGGCAAGAUCACCCAAAUUGGCAUCAUAGAUCAAGACACAGCCAGUUUAAUCCUGUCCUUGCCAGCUUGGAAUUUGAGCACAGCAGAUAUCAUUGGACUGAUCAAAGCAGCAGGCAACACUCAGGAGAUUAUGUUAAAACUCAACAUCGGACGAGAGAUGUACACCUGCUUCAAGCAUGGGGCUAACAAAAUGGUUGGUCGGGUCGGAGAAAAGAUCCUCGUGGCCCAGAAGACUCACACGUGUGUUAUAGUGGGGAUAGCAGAUCACGACACACCUGGAUCGUGUAUGUAUGAGGUGUCCGAGCUGGCAAAUGCCCUGAUGGAGAAAGAUUGGUGAAUUGAUUUAUGAACUAUUAGGCUGACAUUACUUAACAGGCUUAUUUGUUUUUAAACUAUAGGGGACCUAAUGUAAUGCUACGCACUGCCGUCUCCAGGAAUAGAGAUCUGGAUCUUUCUUCUAUUACUGACAACUUUACUCAGUGCUUUUUUUUUUGUAAAAAAACAAAUAGGUGCCGGUACUCAGUGAUUAGGUGCCGGUACUCAGUGAUUAGGUGCCGGUACUCAGAAAAGUAAUAAUUUUUUCAAAGAAGGUGCCGAUACGCCGUACCCGAGCGUACCGUCACAAAAAAGCUAUGCCUUUACCUUUCCCUUAGUCUGCUGGACCGUUGGGGCACCAUGCAAGAUUUGUCGAACGUCUUACUCCAUCCCUCUCUGCCUUUUGUCUUGGGUAGAAUCUCUUUCAAUGGCAGGCCCGUCCAUUCUUUUAUGUUGUCUUACCAUCGCUUUCUCUGUCUGCCUCUUCUUCUUUUUCCUGGUACUGUUCCCUGAAGGAAGAUCUUUGCGAGCCCCGAAGAUCUUGUAAUAUGGCCAUAGAGUUUUAGUUUGCUUUUUUUACACUAGUUUGCAGGUCAUCAUGGGGUCCAAUGGCUUCUGUAACCCUGUCUGUAAUCUCUUCGUUUGUGAUGCGGUCUUUAAAUGUGAUACUGACAAUUUAGGCCUAUUAAAAUUAUAUUACUGGUUUUUUGGUUGUUGUUUUAAAUACGAGAUUUAGAUCUCUAUAGGCCUAAGUGAAAAGCAAUUUUUUUUUAAACAUUCAUUAGAAAUAUAUUUUUUAAACUUCACCUGUCCGGCCAACUGACCGGUAGUAGAGUGCCUUUAUAGAUCUACUGUUGUGGCGGCGGAUGAAUACAAUUAUCCACACACACUAAUUUAGCCUAUCAUCAAUUUUUUAGUCUUUUACUUUUUAGUUGCGCAAUGCAGUACUCGCGCAGUUCUGCUUGAACCUUCACCUAUCUCUUAGUCUGUUGAACCGUCUUUCUCCAUUACUCUCUGUCUUUCAAUGGCGGGCCUGUACAUAAAUAUUAAGUUGUCUUGCCAUCACUUUCUCUGUCUGCCGCUUCUUUUUUUUUUUUGUGUGUGCCUGGUACUGUUCCCAAACAUCUUGAUGGUUCAACAAGACCUAAAAUGUGUUUAUUUCCAUGUCUUGUCCCUAAAUGUAACUAGAUCGAACGUGAAUGUCCUAUAGAGUCUGUCUACGAGAAUGAAAGUAAACUAUUUUUGUUAUGGUGGUUAUCUCCCCCUAGCUUUUUGUUACCAUGACAAUGUGGUCUACACGAUGAAUAAAAAAGUAAAGAAACUGCUUUGUUGUGAUGUUAUAAUACUGGCACACAAUGCAUUUAUUUAUGUGUUUUAUUGUUAUAAAUCCAAACAUGUUAACAAAAUUGUCUUAUUCAACUAUUUUAUGCCAAAUAAAGGAUUUUAAAAUA